GUAUUGCAGUGAUAAUGCACACAACAAAUAAGCAAUUUGGAGUACGGAGCUCAAUACAGCUAAGAUAAUUUAUGAGGGAUGAAGGUUGCCAUCUAAAAUAUAAAAGAAACCUCUUGUGUAAGAACGGAAGUGAUUUGAUCUCCCAAUAACUUUUGUAAAGCCAAGAGAUGUCACACCAAUUCACUCAAUUCUUUACAAAGCUGUUAUUUCGAACAGGAAUGGAUAUUUCAAACCUAUAAGAAAAAAGUGUAUUUCUUCUAAAACGCCGGGCACACACUUGUAGCUCCUCUGGUGUUGCGGCGGUAAGGAUAUAAACUUAUUCGGUGAACUUAUAAAUGCGUCGUUAGUAAUAAAUAAUUCAUCAAAACAAUCACACGAUGGAUAUCUUUUUAGUUCUAUGGACCUUUAUUCUGUACGGUUUUGCAGCCGCUAUAAGCUUACUAAUAGCUUUAUCCAUACUCAUAUUCAUGACAUCGACGCCAUACCCUGUGGUAGAACGAUUCAAAGAAGAAACCACUUACAAUGAUCCCAAGAGCAAGAGCAAACUAAAGUUUCCCAACAUUGAUGAAGUUCAUAGCGUUCACUUGAGUGUGAUAGUGCCUGCAUACAAUGAGGAGAAAAGAUUGCCACCUAUGCUUGAUGAAGCUAUAGGAUUUCUAGAAGAGAGAGUGAAGAAUGUUCCGACUUUUAAAUAUGAGAUAAUAGUUGUUAGCGAUGGAAGUAGAGACAGCACCGUUAAAGUUGUGGAGUCAUAUGUGGAGCAGUAUGGAAGUGAAAAAGUGAGGUGCCUUGAACUCAUCAAGAAUAGAGGAAAGGGGGGUGCUGUACGCUUGGGUAUCGAGAGCUGUAGAGGCGCCAGCAUUUUAUUUGCUGACGCUGAUGGGGCCUCAAAAUUCGAAGAUCUGACGAAAUUAGAAAGUGCCCUUAAGGAUCUUAUAAAGUGCGAUCCUUUAUCUGCGCCUGAUAAAGUUAGCGACAGCAUCGCUAUUGUUAUUGGUUCUAGAGCACAUCUGGAACAGGAAUCGUUAGCGACGCGUAGUUUAUUUAGGAAUAUACUGAUGUAUGGUUUUCACUUUCUCGUGUGGCUGUUCACCGUCAAAGGUAUCAAGGACACGCAAUGUGGCUUCAAACUGUUCACCAGGAAAGCUGCAAGUAUUUGCUUUAAGAGUCUUCAUGUAAACAGAUGGGCAUUUGAUGUGGAACUACUUUAUAUAGCACAAAAACUGAACAUUCCAAUCGCCGAGAUUCCAGUAAGAUGGACUGAGAUAGAGGGCUCGAAGGUGACCCCGGUGCUCUCGUGGAUACAGAUGGGCUGCGACCUGGGCCUCAUAUGGCUCAAGUACACCAUCGGAGCAUGGAAGAUCAAAAGUCAGAAAUCAGAAUAAACCUAUUAUUUUUAUAUUUUAUUAUUAUUAUAAUCAUAUCAAGUCUUCUUUCUAAGUGGACACGUUUCAUAUUUGAUUAAAUCAAGAAUUAAUGCUA